AUGUAAGAGUUAGAAUGGAGAUGUCCUUUUCAUCCAGGAGAUGUUUUAGUAUAUGUAAAUAUUUUAAGUGAUUGUGAUUAAUCAGAAAGAAUUUUAUGUAAGGAAUGUGUUUCAGAAAAAUAUGGUGGACUUAUGUAGAAUCUUAAGUAAUUGUAGGAUGUCUUAAAAGAAAUAAAGUAAUAAGGUGAUUAAUUUUAAAAUAUUAAAAAAUCGAAGGAUAAAUUUUCAUAAUAGAUUAAUAGAAUAUAAUCUAAAUUGAAUGGAUUGUUUGGGAGUCGAUCAUAUUUGUCUAUUGAGAUUGGAUAAAAUUCAAAUUUAUCUGUUUUAAGAUAAUCAAUCCAUAGUUAUUACUGUCAAAGUGAUUAAAAUGUUGUAAAAUCAAUAUAAAAAGAUUUUAAAUAAUUGUAAGAAGAAACUUAAAAAGCCUUUGAUUAUACUAAUGAAGUCAAUACUUAAUUAAGAGAAAUUUAAACACGUUAAAUUGAAAAUAAUUUUAAUGGACCAAUAAAAUAUAUUGAUUUAGAUACAAAAGAUAAUAUUUCAAAUUUUUAAUAAAUUAAAACUAAUUUUGAAGAAAAGAAUAUAUUAAUUAUUUAAAAUUAAGCUGUUAAAAUUUUAUGUUUAGAAGAUAAUAAAUUAAUAGAAAAAAAUGUUAUAAAUAUAAGAGAAGAUAGUAUAAUUACUUAUGUAAUAAAAGAAAUAGGGAACUCUAAAAUUAUAAUAGGUUAAUCAAAUGGAUAUUUUGAGAUAUGGGAAUAAAUUUCAAAUGGAAAAUAUAUAAAAUCUCAUGAAUAAAAGGAUCAUAAUUCUUAGAUUAAUCUCUUAUCAUUAUGUUAUAAUAAUAAAAUAUUGAUUACUGGCAGUAAGACUGGUAUUAAUUGUUGGUAAUAUAAUGAUAAAUAUUAUAAAUGGAUAAAAUUAUGGGGAAAUAACAUUUAAUAAAUUAAUUACUUAUGUGUAAACUUAGAUGAUAAAUUAUUAGCAGCUGUCAUUAAUUAGAAGACUCUUUUUAUUUUUAAACUUUAUUAAAAUCAAUAAUGUAUAGAAGAUUUUUAAUAAAGUUUUGAUAAAGAAAUUAUAGCAGUAUGUUUUAUGAAUGAUGAUGAUUUUGCUAUUUUUUUUAAAAGUUCUAGAAAAAUAGAAAUAUAUUAGUAUAAAUAAAAUACUCUAUAAUUUUAUUAAGACAUAACAUUAAAGUAUAUUAUUACAGAUUGUAUGGAGAAAUUGUUGCCAAAGUUUUAUAAAGAUAUAGGAUUACUUUCAUUGAAAACUGAUUAAGAAUUAAUAUUAAUCAAAUAAAAAAAUUUACAACAGAAAAAGGUAUAUGAGAGAAUUUAAUUAGGAGAUAAAAAGAUGA